AGACUCAUAUCCAGCGUACCGGCGUCUGUGAGUUCCGCUGAUGAGCGCUGAUCGCGAGGCCGCCAUCGUUUGUCGUGCGUGAUGCAGUUGUAUGAAGACAAAUCAACAAAACGGUGAAACGAAUCGAGGACAAAACACUCUUAAGAGAGAAAUGUUUGGUAGAUGAGUGUGUGUGGAAGAAGAGUGUCUACAGCGUUAACAAGUGACCCUGGUAGUGAAGGUAGCAAGUAAGGCGACAUGGCUGCUACCUUCCCCUACAGAGGGGUCCCUCCCGGGAUGCCACCAGGUGUUCCUCCUCCUGUGCCGGUCCCAGACUACAUGAGUGAGGAAAAACUGCAAGAGAAAGCAAGAAAAUGGCAACACUUGCAAGCAAAGCGCUAUUCAGAGAAGAGGAAGUUUGGCUUUGUGGAUGCUCAGAAAGAAGACAUGCCACCUGAGCAUGUUCGCAAGAUCAUUAGGGACCAUGGAGAUAUGACCAACAGAAAGUUUCGACACGACAAGAGGGUGUAUCUUGGUGCCCUGAAGUACAUGCCCCAUGCUGUGCUGAAGCUGCUGGAAAACAUGCCCAUGCCCUGGGAGCAGAUCAGAGAUGUACCUGUCCUCUACCACAUCACUGGAGCCAUUUCCUUUGUGAAUGAAAUCCCCUGGGUCAUAGAGCCAGUCUACAUCGCUCAGUGGGGCACCAUGUGGAUCAUGAUGCGUCGUGAGAAGCGAGAUCGACGUCACUUUAAAAGGAUGCGAUUUCCUCCGUUUGAUGAUGAGGAGCCGCCGCUUGACUACGCUGACAACAUCCUUGAUGUGGAGCCUCUGGAGGCCAUUCAGAUGGAGCUGGACCCAGAGGAGGACUCAUCAUGCGUAGAGUGGUUCUAUGAGCACCAGCCCCUCAAAGACACAACUAAGUUUGUGAAUGGCACCACCUACCGUCGCUGGCAGUUUACUCUGCCCAUGAUGUCCACACUGUACCGGCUGGCAAAUCAGCUGAUGACAGACCUGGUGGAUUUCAACUACUUCUAUCUGUUUGACCUGAAGGCUUUUUUCACCUCAAAGGCCUUAAACAUGGCCAUCCCCGGGGGGCCAAAGUUUGAGCCACUGGUCAGGGACAUCAACCUCCAGGAUGAAGACUGGAAUGAGUUCAAUGACAUCAACAAGAUCAUCAUUCGGCAGCCUAUCAGGACGGAGUACAAAAUUGCCUUCCCUUACCUGUACAACAACCUGCCGCAUCACGUCCACCUCACCUGGUAUCACACGCCCAAUGUGGUGUUUAUCAAGACAGAGGAUCCAGAUCUCCCAGCGUUUUACUUUGACCCGCUGAUCAACCCCAUUUCUCACAGACAUUCUGUCAAGAGCCAGGAGCCUCUACCUGAUGAUGAUGAGGAGUUUGAGCUGCCUGAGUAUGUGGAGCCCUUCCUCAAAGAAACCCCGCUCUACACAGACCACACAGCCAACGGCAUUGCUCUGUUGUGGGCACCCAGACCCUUCAACCUCCGAUCUGGCCGCACAAGACGCGCCAUUGAUAUUCCCCUGGUCAAGAACUGGUAUCGAGAGCACUGCCCUGCAGGACAGCCGGUGAAAGUGCGUGUGUCGUAUCAGAAACUGCUGAAGUACUAUGUGCUCAAUGCUCUGAAACACAGACCACCCAAAGCGCAGAAGAAGAGGUAUCUGUUCCGCUCCUUCAAAGCCACCAAGUUCUUUCAGUCCACAAAGCUGGACUGGGUGGAGGUGGGUCUGCAGGUGUGCAGACAGGGCUACAACAUGCUCAAUCUGCUCAUCCAUCGUAAGAACCUCAACUACCUGCAUCUUGACUACAAUUUCAAUCUGAAGCCUGUCAAGACUCUGACCACAAAGGAGCGAAAGAAGUCCCGUUUCGGUAAUGCCUUCCACUUGUGCAGAGAGGUGCUUCGUCUCAGCAAACUUGUGGUGGACAGCCAUGUUCAGUACAGACUGGGAAAUGUCGACGCCUUCCAGUUGUCUGAUGGGCUGCAGUACAUCUUUGCUCAUGUGGGUCAGCUGACGGGAAUGUAUCGAUACAAGUACAAGUUGAUGAGACAGAUCAGGAUGUGCAAAGAUCUGAAGCAUCUCAUCUACUAUCGCUUCAACACUGGUCCUGUGGGCAAAGGUCCAGGCUGUGGCUUCUGGGCUGCCGGCUGGAGAGUGUGGCUGUUCUUCAUGCGAGGAAUCACUCCGCUACUGGAGAGGUGGCUGGGAAAUCUGCUGGCCAGGCAGUUUGAAGGACGUCACUCUAAGGGUGUCGCCAAGACUGUGACCAAGCAGCGUGUGGAGUCUCACUUUGACCUUGAGCUGCGUGCUGCUGUGAUGCACGACAUCUUGGACAUGAUGCCUGAGGGUAUCAAGCAGAACAAGGCCAGAACCAUCCUGCAGCACCUCAGUGAGUCCUGGAGGUGCUGGAAGGCCAAUAUCCCCUGGAAGGUACCAGGUCUACCCACACCCAUCGAAAACAUGAUCCUGCGCUACGUGAAGGCUAAAGCUGACUGGUGGACCAACACCGCUCACUACAACCGUGAGAGAAUCCGUCGUGGAGCCACUGUGGACAAAACGGUGUGCAAGAAGAACCUGGGCAGACUGACCCGUCUGUACCUGAAGGCCGAGCAGGAGAGACAGCACAACUACCUGAAGGAUGGCCCCUACAUCACAGCUGAAGAGGCGGUUGCCAUCUACACCACCACUGUUCACUGGCUGGAGAGCCGCAGGUUCUCACCCAUCCCAUUCCCUCCACUGUCAUACAAACACGACACAAAGCUGCUCAUCCUGGCCCUGGAAAGACUCAAGGAGGCAUACAGUGUGAAGUCUCGUUUGAACCAGAGUCAGAGGGAGGAGCUGGGGCUGAUUGAGCAGGCGUACGACAAUCCUCAUGAGGCUUUGUCCAGGAUCAAACGUCACCUGCUCACACAGAGAGCCUUCAAAGAGGUGGGAAUCGAGUUCAUGGACUUGUACAGCCACCUCGUGCCUGUGUACGAUGUAGAGCCUCUUGAGAAGAUCACUGACGCCUACCUUGACCAGUACCUGUGGUAUGAGGCUGACAAGAGACGCCUCUUCCCACCCUGGAUCAAACCUGCAGACACUGAACCACCACCACUGCUGGUCUACAAGUGGUGCCAAGGCAUCAACAACUUGCAGGAUGUGUGGGAGACUGCUGAAGGAGAGUGUAACGUGAUGCUGGAGUCUCGCUAUGAGAAGAUGUACGAGAAGAUCGAUCUGACACUGCUCAACAGGUUGCUGCGUCUCAUUGUUGACCACAACAUUGCUGAUUACAUGACCGCCAAAAACAACGUGGUCAUCAACUACAAAGAUAUGAACCACACCAACUCCUACGGUAUCAUCAGGGGACUCCAGUUUGCCUCAUUCAUUGUGCAGUACUACGGCUUGGUGAUGGACCUGCUGGUGCUCGGCCUGCACCGUGCUAGCGAGAUGGCCGGUCCACCUCAGAUGCCCAACGAUUUCCUGAGUUUCCAAGACACCGCAACAGAGAGCGCUCACCCAAUCAGACUGUACUGCAGAUACAUUGACCGCAUCCACAUCUUCUUCAGGUUCUCUGCUGAUGAGGCCAGGGAUCUGAUUCAGAGGUACCUCACGGAGCAUCCAGACCCCAACAACGAGAACAUAGUCGGCUAUAACAACAAGAAGUGCUGGCCCCGUGAUGCCCGCAUGAGGCUGAUGAAGCAUGAUGUUAACCUUGGCCGUGCUGUGUUCUGGGACAUCAAGAACCGCCUGCCCAGAUCAGUGACCACAGUUCAGUGGGAGAACAGCUUUGUGUCAGUCUACAGCAAAGACAACCCCAACCUGCUCUUCAACAUGUGUGGCUUUGAGUGCCGUAUCUUGCCUAAAUGCCGCACCAGCUACGAAGAGUUCACUCACAAGGACGGUGUGUGGAACCUGCAGAAUGAGGUAACCAAAGAGAGGACAGCACAGUGUUUCCUGCGUGUUGAUGACGAAUCAAUGCAGCGUUUCCACAACAGAGUGCGUCAGAUCUUGAUGGCCUCUGGAUCCACCACGUUCACAAAGAUUGUGAACAAGUGGAACACAGCUCUGAUCGGUCUCAUGACGUAUUUCCGUGAGGCCGUAGUGAACACACAAGAGCUCCUGGACCUGCUGGUUAAGUGUGAGAACAAGAUUCAGACCCGUAUUAAGAUCGGCCUGAACUCCAAAAUGCCAAGUCGCUUCCCUCCUGUGGUCUUCUACACCCCCAAAGAACUGGGUGGCCUUGGUAUGCUGUCCAUGGGCCACGUUCUGAUCCCACAGUCAGACCUCAGGUGGUCAAAGCAGACAGAUGUGGGUAUCACUCACUUCAGGUCUGGAAUGAGCCAUGAAGAAGACCAGCUGAUUCCUAAUCUGUAUCGGUACAUUCAGCCAUGGGAGAGCGAGUUUAUUGACUCCCAGAGAGUGUGGGCCGAGUACGCUCUGAAAAGACAAGAGGCCAUUGCCCAGAACAGGCGUCUGACCCUUGAGGAUUUGGAGGACUCAUGGGACAGAGGAAUCCCUCGUAUCAACACGCUCUUCCAGAAGGACAGACACACACUGGCCUAUGACAAAGGCUGGAGAGUCAGGACAGACUUCAAACAGUACCAGGUGUUGAAGCAAAAUCCCUUCUGGUGGACCCACCAGAGGCACGAUGGCAAACUGUGGAACUUGAACAACUACCGCACAGACAUGAUCCAAGCUCUGGGUGGUGUGGAGGGUAUCCUUGAACACACACUCUUCAAAGGCACUUACUUCCCCACCUGGGAGGGUCUCUUCUGGGAAAAGGCCAGUGGUUUUGAGGAGUCCAUGAAAUGGAAGAAGCUGACCAAUGCCCAAAGGUCUGGUCUGAAUCAAAUCCCCAACCGUCGCUUCACACUUUGGUGGUCGCCCACCAUCAACAGAGCAAACGUGUACGUUGGUUUCCAGGUGCAACUUGACCUGACAGGAAUCUUCAUGCAUGGCAAGAUCCCCACUCUAAAGAUCUCCCUCAUUCAGAUCUUCAGGGCUCACUUGUGGCAGAAGAUUCAUGAGAGCAUUGUCAUGGAUCUCUGUCAGGUGUUCGAUCAGGAGCUUGACGCUCUGGAGAUUGAGACAGUGCAGAAGGAGACCAUCCAUCCCAGGAAGUCUUACAAGAUGAACUCAUCCUGUGCAGACAUCCUCCUCUUUGCUUCAUACAAGUGGAACGUCUCUCGACCAUCUCUGCUUGCUGACUCAAAGGACGUGAUGGACAGCACCACCACACAGAAGUACUGGAUCGACAUUCAGCUACGUUGGGGCGACUAUGACUCACAUGACAUCGAGCGCUACGCCAGAGCCAAGUUCUUGGACUACACCACCGACAACAUGAGUAUCUACCCGUCCCCAACAGGGGUGCUGAUUGCUAUCGACCUGGCUUACAAUCUCCACAGCGGCUAUGGUAAUUGGUUCCCUGGAAGCAAGCCUCUCAUCCAGCAAGCCAUGGCCAAAAUCAUGAAGGCCAACCCUGCCCUGUACGUGCUCAGAGAACGCAUCCGCAAAGGUCUGCAGCUGUACUCCUCCGAGCCCACUGAGCCCUACCUGUCCUCACAGAACUAUGGUGAACUUUUCUCCAACCAGAUCAUCUGGUUCGUAGAUGACACCAACGUGUACCGAGUCACCAUCCACAAGACCUUUGAGGGUAACUUGACCACAAAGCCCAUCAAUGGAGCCAUCUUUAUCUUCAACCCCAGGACUGGUCAGCUCUUCCUCAAGAUCAUUCACACCUCUGUGUGGGCCGGACAGAAACGUCUGGGACAGCUGGCCAAAUGGAAGACAGCUGAAGAAGUGGCUGCCCUGAUUCGCUCCCUCCCUGUGGAGGAGCAGCCGAAACAAAUCAUUGUGACCAGGAAGGGCAUGCUCGACCCUCUGGAGGUCCACUUGCUCGACUUCCCCAACAUCGUGAUCAAAGGCUCUGAGCUGCAGCUGCCUUUCCAGGCCUGUCUGAAGGUGGAGAAGUUUGGAGACCUGAUCCUGAAGGCCACAGAGCCUCAGAUGGUGCUGUUCAAUCUCUACGAUGACUGGCUCAAGACUAUCUCGUCUUACACAGCCUUCUCCAGGCUCAUCCUGAUCCUCAGAGCACUCCACGUCAACAACGACCGUGCCAAGGUGAUCCUGAAACCUGACAAGACCACGAUCACCGAGCCCCAUCACAUCUGGCCCACACUCACAGACGAGGAGUGGAUCAAGGUGGAAGUGCAGCUCAAAGAUCUCAUUCUGGCAGAUUACGGCAAAAAGAACAAUGUGAACGUGGCCUCCCUUACUCAGUCUGAGAUCCGUGACAUCAUCCUCGGUAUGGAGAUCUCCGCUCCCUCACAGCAGCGUCAGCAGAUUGCGGAGAUUGAGAAGCAGACCAAAGAGCAGUCACAGCUCACAGCCACACAAACCAGAACGGUCAACAAACACGGUGACGAAAUCAUCACCUCCACCACCUCCAACUACGAGACCCAGACCUUCUCCUCCAAGACCGAGUGGAGAGUCAGGGCCAUAUCAGCUGCCAACCUCCAUCUCCGAACCAACCACAUCUACGUGUCAUCUGAUGACAUCAAAGAGACAGGCUACACCUACAUCCUGCCUAAGAACGUCCUGAAGAAGUUUAUCUGUAUCUCAGAUCUGCGAGCACAGAUUGCAGGCUACCUGUAUGGAACCAGCCCACCAGAUAACCCCCAGGUGAAGGAGAUCCGUUGUAUUGUCAUGGUACCACAGUGGGGAACACAUCAGACUGUCCACCUUCCCAACCAGCUGCCUGGUCAUGAAUACCUAAAAGAAAUGGAGCCCCUCGGCUGGAUCCACACCCAGCCAAACGAGUCGCCCCAGCUGUCCCCACAGGAUGUUACUACCCACGCCAAGGUUAUGGCUGACAACCCCUCUUGGGAUGGAGAGAAGACCAUCAUCAUAACCUGCAGCUUCACCCCCGGCUCAUGCACACUCACCGCCUACAAGCUGACACCCAGUGGAUAUGAGUGGGGUCGACAGAACACAGAUAAGGGCAACAACCCGAAAGGCUACCUGCCGUCUCACUAUGAGAGAGUACAGAUGCUGCUCUCUGAUCGCUUCCUGGGCUUCUUCAUGGUGCCUGGUCAGGUGUCCUGGAACUACAACUUCAUGGGCGUGCGCCAUGACCCGAACAUGAAGUACGACCUGCAGCUCGCCAACCCCAAAGAGUUCUACCAUGAAGUCCAUCGACCUUCGCACUUCCUAAACUUUGCUUCACUGCAGGAGGGUGAGAUCUACAACGCGGACCGUGAGGACAUGUAUGCCUGAGAGCAGACAUUCUGCCCUCCACACAUUUGGUGGACUGCUCUGUCAGAAUCAUGUGGAGCCAGUAAUGACCAGCCCUUGUAAUAUUUCUAUUGAACAUGCCGAACUGUGAUGUUUGAGGAUUUUUAUGUAAAGACUAGGACAUUUUAAGGUGUUUCAUUGCUUUCAUUUUUGAUAUUUUCUACUAAUGUUUUUCUUUAGUUCUUCUCUCUGUUUCAUCUGUUAUUAAAGUAAGGCAUUGUCAAUUUUCUGGCUUCUGGUACAUCCAGGUAUUUGUGCAUCAGUGUGUAGUUUCAGUACACAGAACUUCAGUGUAAUAUUUGAUUAUUAAUGAGUUGUUCCAAACAGGUAAAGAUGUACUUCCCCUUAGCCAUUUUGAAAAAUGAAA